AUGAAUUUGAAUGAGAAGCUGCAACAAAAUGAUGGUGCAGAGAUGGUCGAUAAGCAUCAGUUUAAAAGCUUUGUUGGAGGCUUGAUUUAUCUAACUCAUACCCGUCAUGAUAUUUCGUAUUCUAUUGGUGUGAUUUCUAGGUUUAUGCAAUGUCCUUCAAGGGAUCAUUUCGACGCAGCAAAGCAGGUUAUGCGAUACAUUGCUGGAACUAUAGAAUAUGGCAUUUGGUACUCUAAAGUUUCUGAUUUCAAAUUAUGCGGGUUCACAGAGAGUGAUUGGGCGAGCUCCUUGGAUGAUAGGCGAAGUGUUUCAGCGAAUGUUUUCACUUUAGGAUCAGGAGUUAUUACUUAG